AUGGUAACAAGUGGGUUGAGCAAUGGAUGUCAGAAUAUGUUAUGCACAACAAGGAGGAUUCAAUGUUUAUACCUUGCGCUUGUAUUCAUGGCGUUGUUGUCUACAGGGGUGGUGGUGGUUGUGGAAUCGCUAUCUUCAACACCUGUCAAUUAUUAUACACAGACACUUGAAGGUUUCAACAAUAAUUUUGAUAUUGUGGAGGCUAAAUAUGCCUACAUGUUGUCUCCUACUGGUUUGAGUGCUGGUUUGAAUGGAGAUGUCUUUGUUGCAGAUGCUGAUAGACAUGUAGUUUUUAGGAUUUUUGACAUGUAUAAAUAUGCAGAAGUUUAUGCAGGAUAUGUGACUUCUGGAUUCAAUGGAGAUGGAUUGAAGGCUGUGGGUACAUUAUUGAAUACACCGACAGCUAUAUCUGUGAAUCCAUUGAAUGGUGAUUUGUUUAUUGCUGAUUCACUCAAUAAUAAGAUUAGAAUAGUUUCGAAUAGAACAAGAACAACAUCAUCUAUAGCACAUGCGUUUAAUAAUCCAAGAGGUGUUUAUGUUUCUUCCAAUGGAUUUGCCUACAUUUCAGAUACAGAUAAUAAUCUAAUCAAGAAAUACGAAAUUUCCACAAAACAAACUUCCAUUAUUGGAGGAGGUGGUUAUUUAAAUGGUGAUUAUGAUGGUGUAGAUGCCAAGCUUUUGAAAUUACAAUCUCCAAAGAAUAUAUUCGUUGUUUCUAAUGGAAAUAAGGAUAUUGUCUAUUUUACAGAUGCAGAAAGAGUCAAGUCAAUUGAUGGAAAUGGAAUGUAUAGAAUUGUGGAUGGAGGAGUGGCUCAAUCUAAUUUAUAUGGUAUCUAUGUUUCGAAUGGAGGUGAAAUUUACACUUCAUCUCAAAGUAAUAAUUUCAUACAAAUGAAAUUGUUGAAUUCAGAUGAAACUAAAAUCCUUAUUGGAGGUUCAGAAGGAUACGAUGGUGAUAAUCAAUUAUUCGAUUCUUUAAAUACCAAGUUUUAUGAACCAUCUUCUUUAAUUAUCACUCAGAAUGCGAUAAUAGUGGCAGAUAAAUCGAAUAGUUGUAUUCGAAAGAUUGAUUUACAAACCAAGAUGGUUUCCACAUUAUCUGGUGGAAUAAUUAAUCAUCCAAAUGGUGAAAACAUUUCACCUCUCCAAAUGUAUUCAACAGGAAGUGUUUUAUUCCCAUUCUACUAUAAGAAUGACUUGUACUUUAUUGACAGAGCAUAUUAUUUACGAAAGGUUUCAAAUGGAAAAAUGACCACUUUAUUGGGUUGUGAAAGAUUAAUCAAAUACACGGCCAACAUUCCACAGCGUUUUUACAUGCUAGUCGCCAAUUCAAUCCAUAUUGGAAAUGGUGAUGUUUUGAUUUUCACUAAUUUAGAUACAUCACUUUACAAUUUCAAUGUGGAAACUCAAAACUUGACUUUAAUAAUCAAAUCUCCAAUUUAUUCAAGUGCGAUUGAUGUACUUGGUGAUUCUUUCGACAAUUCUACAAUUUAUUUAAGAACUUCUGAGUAUCUAAUCAGUAUUUUACAAAAAUCUACAGUUUUAUACCAAUUAAUAAUUCCAAUUCCAAAUGGAUAUCUUGAUCAAAUUGUUGCUAUUCCAAAUAUCAGAUAUCCUGAUUCUAAUUCCUUAUUUUUAUAUUCAGGUUCAUUGAAUACUCUGUAUGAGUAUGUUGACUUUAAGAAUGGAUCAAUGUUAGUUUUCAGCACGCCAAUGCCAACAUCUUUGACAUUUAAUGGAUUUCAAAAAAAUGAUAGAAAUUUGUUUUUUUUUAAUAUGGGUCAACUUUAUGAUUUUCAAUUAGAAAGUUUUACAUUGAAGAAAAUUGGAGGAUUGGAUCAUCUUAAUGUUUCAAACACAAUCGUCUAUGUUUAUGGAUUCAAUGGUGAGAAUAUUCCAGUCGAAAGCUCAGCUCUAUAUUUACCAAGAGCUGUCAAACAAGAUUCCAGAAUUCUUGUGACAAACCAAUAUCAUUUGAGUGAAAUUUCGAAUGGAAGAGUUUCCACAAUUGCAGGACUAAGUCCAGCUUCAAGAACUUUAACUCCGUUAAUGUUAAUGAGAGAUGCAUCAAAGAAAGUGAGCUACUAUAUGGAUAUGAGAACUUUGAAGAAAUUUGAUGAAACUACUGGCAAGUCUACCACCUUAAGUAGCUCACUGUUAACAACUCCACUUGCUUCAGUUAAAUCACCCUAUUUUACUUUCAAUGCACAACUCGGCACCGCAAAGGCUCAAGGAGUGUUCUCAAAAUUUGAUAGAAAAAUCUAUAUUAAGGAUACAUGUAGAUUUAUUCGAAUCGAUCCAGACACUAUGAAUUAUGAAACUGUUAUUGGAUCAACAGUGUGUGGAUCAUUCGUGACUGGAAUUAAUGCAGUUGAUUCUCCAUGUCCACAAUUUAAUUUAAUUAAUGGAUUGACAGUUGAGGAUACGACUGGUGAUUUGCUAAUCGCCUUGGAUUCAGCAAUUUACAGAUACAGCCAAACAACUAAAACAAUGUCAAUAGAUAUUACAUUUUCAAACAAUGGUCUCAUUUCUGAUGAUGGAAUCAUGAGUAAUGUGACAUUUCCAGGUGUAAUAUCAAAUAUUUUCUAUGAUAGUGGUUACAUAUAUUUAAGUACACAAGCUACCAUUAGAAGAAUUGAAAAACUAUCUGAAGGCACCUAUUAUUUAAGAACUUUGGUUGGAAAUUCAAUUCAGGGCUAUUCAGGUGAUAAACUACCAGCCCUCCAAUCAUCGAUCGAUAAUCCCUCUGCUUUCUAUGUGAAAAAGAAUGGAGAUAUAAUUAUUUUGGAUGGUAGUGGAACUUCUCUUGUUCGAAUGUAUCAGAAACGGAGCGGUUUAUUGCUGGAUAUUGCUGGAUCAAGAGUUGCAUCCCCAAAAUUCAAUGGAGAUGGAUUUGGAACUUAUUCAAUCUUUUCAACGUUUGCAAGACAAGUGGAUUACGAUGAAAGUACGGGUGAAAUCUUUUUCAUUGAUGCUAGAGCUUAUAUUCGAAAGAUUAUUCCAUAUUGUGGAAGAAACUACACUUACAAUUCUUGGAAUAGUACAUGUGAUUCCAAAUUGAGUUGUAAUGGAACAUUGGCAUCAAGUGAAAAUGUUUGUAAUGGAAAUGGACAAUGUUCUGAUAUUGAUGUUUGUCAAUGUAAGAUUGGAUUUGAAGGUCAAUUUUGUGAACUCAAAAUCGUGUGUUUCUCAAAAAAGAAAAAGAAGGACUUUGAAAUUGCUAAAUUGGACACAGGAAAUGUUGAAUUAUCCGAAACAACUUUCCUUUCGUCUAGUUCAAUGAUUAUUUCCUCAUCUGCUGGAUCUUCUGUUGGCUCAGAUAUGAUAAAUCCAUUCUCCAGAUAUUCAAACAUUACAAGAAUUGGACAAGGAGCAUUUGGAAGUGUUUACAAAGUGACAGAUUUAAAGAAAAACAAAUUGAAAGCAAUCAAACUUGUUAAAUUUGAAACAUUGACAGAUUUGAAUACAAUUAUGAAAGAAGCAUCUCAAUUGAAUCAUAUCAACCAUUCCAAUAUUAUCAAAAUUAAUGAUUAUUUCAUUACAAAUGACAAUUUAUUGAUUAUUGACAUGGAUUAUUUUGAAUUGGGAGAUUUAACAAAAUUGAAACAAGAAAAUUGCAGUGAAAAGAUUGUCAAGCAAAUAUUGAAACAAAUGUUGAAUGCAUUGAAAUAUGUACAUGAAGAAAUGCACAUUAUUCACAGAGAUAUUAAGCAAACAAAUAUUUUUAUUAAGAAAAUGACAAGCGACAAUAUUGACAUUGUAUUGGCAGAUUUUGGAUUAGCCAAAAAGUAUCAAGAAAUGACAGGUCAAUCCUAUGCUGGAACUCCACUUUAUAUGAGUCCUGAAGUUGCACUUGGAAGUUCAUAUUCAUAUAAUACGGAUAUUUUCUCAUUGGGUAUUUCAAUUUAUCAAAUCAUGACCAAUGACUUGGCAACUUCGAUUAGUAACUUGCUAAUGGGAAAUCAAGCGGAGAAUGCAAUCAAAAUAUUGAAGAAUCAAAUGAAAGAAUCUGCUCAUUGCGAAUAUUCGGACGAAUUGAUUGAAAUAGUUUUGAAAAUGUUAGAAAAAGAUGCAAAUCAAAGACCUUCAGCAUCUCAAUUACUUUCUCUUAAAUAUUUCAAAUAG